GAGCCGGAAGUCCCCAUGUUGUGGCGCUCAACCUGUUUAGUCCCUGAGUCGUUUCAGCGUCCUGCCUCCAGCUAUAGAUGCUGCCUUUGCUGGGAGGUACAAUGGGGGAAGCGGAGAAGUUUCACUACAUCUACAGCUGUGACCUGGACAUUAACGUGCAGCUUAAGAUAGGAAGUUUGGAAGGGAAGAGAGAACAAAAGAGUUAUAAAGCUGUUCUAGAAGACCCAAUGUUGAAGUUUUCAGGACUGUACCAAGAGACGUGCUCUGACCUUUAUGUUACUUGUCAAGUUUUUGCAGAAGGGAAGCCUCUGGCCUUGCCAGUGAGAACAUCAUACAAGGCAUUUAGUACAAGAUGGAACUGGAAUGAAUGGCUAAAACUGCCUGUGAAAUACCCUGAUCUGCCCAGGAAUGCCCAAGUGGCCUUGACAAUAUGGGAUGUGUACGGACCAGGAAAGGCAGUGCCCGUGGGAGGUACAACGGUUUCACUCUUUGGAAAAUAUGGCAUGUUUCGCCAAGGGAUGCAUGACUUGAAAGUCUGGCCUAAUGUAGAAGCAGAUGGAUCAGAACCCACAAAAACUCCUGGCAGAACAAGUAGUACUCUCUCAGAAGAUCAGAUGAGCCGCCUUGCCAAGCUUACCAAAGCUCAUCGACAAGGACACAUGGUGAAAGUAGAUUGGCUGGACAGAUUGACAUUUAGAGAGAUAGAAAUGAUAAAUGAGAGUGAAAAACGAAGUUCUAAUUUCAUGUACCUGAUGGUUGAGUUUCGAUGUGUCAAGUGUGAUGAUAAGGAAUAUGGUAUUGUUUAUUAUGAAAAGGAUGGUGAUGAAUCAUCUCCAAUUUUAACAAGCUUUGAGAUAGUGAAAGUUCCUGACCCUCAGAUGUCUAUGGAAAAUUUAGUUGAGAGCAAACACCACAAGCUUGCCCGAAGUUUAAGAAGUGGACCUUCUGACCAUGAUCUCAAACCUAAUGCUGCCACAAGGGAUCAACUGAAUAUUAUUGUGAGUUAUCCACCAACUAAGCAACUUACAUAUGAAGAACAAGAUCUUGUUUGGAAGUUUAGAUACUAUCUUACUAAUCAAGAAAAAGCUUUGACAAAAUUCUUGAAAUGUGUUAAUUGGGAUCUACCUCAGGAGGCCAAACAGGCAUUGGAACUUCUGGGAAAAUGGAAGCCAAUGGAUGUAGAGGAUUCCUUGGAACUGUUAUCCUCCCAUUACACCAAUCCAACAGUGAGGCGUUACGCUGUUGCCCGGUUGCGACAGGCAGAUGAUGAGGAUUUGUUGAUGUACCUAUUACAGCUGGUCCAAGCUCUCAAAUAUGAAAAUUUUGAUGACAUAAAGAAUGGAUUAGAACCCACCAAGAAGGAUAGUCAGGGCUCAGUGUCAGAGAGUGUGUCGAGUUCUGGAAUAAAUUCUGCAGAAAUAGAUAGCUCCCAAAUUAUAACCAGCCCUCUUCCUCCAGUGUCUUCCCCUCCCCCUGCAUCUAAAAUAAAAGAAGGUUCAGAUGGUGAAAAUCUAGAGCAAGAUCUCUGUACCUUCUUGAUAUCAAGGGCUUGCAAAAACUCAACACUGGCUAACUAUUUAUACUGGUAUGUAAUAGUGGAAUGUGAAGAUCAAGAUACUCAGCAGAGAGAUCCAAAGACCCAUGAGAUGUACUUGAAUGUAAUGAGACGAUUCAGCCAAGCAUUGCUGAAGGUAACCAUAGCCACUGAAUGUGGGGGAUGGCAAACACAGAGGACCAGCCAGACUGGCCUGUUGCCUGUUUUGGGUGAUAAGUCUGUCAGAGUUAUGCGUUCUUUGCUGGCUGCACAGCAGACAUUUGUAGACCGGCUGGUGCAUCUCAUGAAGGCAGUACAGCGGGAAAGCGGCAAUCGUAAGAAAAAGAAUGAGAGACUACAGGCAUUGCUUGGAGACAAUGAAAAAAUGAACUUGUCAGAUGUGGAACUUAUCCCAUUGCCUUUAGAACCCCAAGUGAAAAUUAGAGGAAUAAUCCCAGAAACAGCUACUCUAUUUAAGAGUGCUCUUAUGCCUGCACAGUUGUUCUUUAAGACAGAAGAUGGAGGCAAAUAUCCAGUUAUAUUUAAGCAUGGGGAUGAUUUACGCCAAGAUCAACUUAUUCUUCAAAUCAUCUCACUCAUGGACAAGCUGCUAAGGAAAGAAAAUCUGGAUUUGAAGUUGACACCUUAUAAAGUAUUAGCCACUAGUACAAAACAUGGCUUCAUGCAGUUCAUCCAGUCAGUUCCUGUUGCUGAAGUUCUUGAUACAGAAGGAAGUAUUCAGAAUUUUUUUAGAAAAUAUGCACCAAGUGAGAAUGGGCCAAAUGGCAUCAGUGCUGAAGUUAUGGACACUUACGUUAAAAGCUGUGCUGGAUAUUGCGUGAUUACAUACAUACUUGGAGUUGGAGACAGGCACCUGGAUAACCUUUUGCUGACAAAAACAGGCAAACUCUUCCACAUAGACUUUGGAUAUAUUUUGGGUCGAGAUCCAAAGCCUCUUCCUCCUCCAAUGAAGCUGAAUAAAGAAAUGGUAGAAGGAAUGGGGGGCACACAGAGUGAGCAAUACCAAGAGUUCCGUAAGCAGUGUUACACGGCCUUUCUCCACCUUCGAAGGUAUUCAAAUCUGAUUUUGAACUUGUUUUCCUUGAUGGUGGAUGCAAACAUUCCAGAUAUUGCUCUCGAACCAGAUAAAACUGUGAAAAAGGUCCAGGACAAAUUCCGUCUAGACCUGUCUGAUGAAGAGGCGGUGCAUUACAUGCAGAGUCUAAUUGAUGAAAGUGUCCAUGCUCUCUUUGCUGCAGUGGUAGAACAGAUUCACAAAUUCGCCCAGUACUGGAGAAAAUGAAACCGGAUUUGACCCAUCAAGAUGUUUGACUCCAAGGAAACUACUUUGCAGCAGCCUGUGUCUAAGGAAGACUUCAGAGUAACAAGCAAGGAAGAGAAUAUUUAAUCUUCAAGAUACCAUUUAUCCUAAAUGUUACAUGGUGCCUGAAUUUAUUUCCCUUGAAUUGUAUUGUUCAAAUAUGAUCUUGAAGAAUUUGUUUUGAAAUAUUGUAUAUGUUUUCAAAUGUACACAUUGUUAAUAAGCUAAGAAGUGAGAAACUUAUUCCAGGAUCAUAUACAUAUUAUGAGAGUUUUAGAGAGAUUGUAUGUUGAAAUAUUAAACUUUUUAGCCUUUGAAACAAA